AUGAGAUUCUCUACCAGCGUUCUUCUUUCUAUCUUUGUCGCAUUGACAUCUGCUCUGCCAAUCAUCGAGGCCCGUGAUGAAACAAAUGCAACUCUGCCAACCGUCAAGAUUUACGGUACCGGUGGUACCAUUGCUUCAAAGGGUUCCACUGCUGCUACCACUGCUGGUUACCAAGUUGGUUUGACUGUCGAUGACUUGAUCGACGCUGUUCCAUCUUUGAGUGAUGUUGCAAACUUGGAGUACCUCCAAAUCUCGAACAUUGGUUCUAACUCCUUGAAUUACACUCACUUGAUCCCAUUGCAUCAUAACAUUUCCCAGGAUUUCGAGAAUGGCUUGAUCGAUGGUGCCGUUGUUACCCAUGGUACUGAUACCUUGGAAGAGACUGCCUUCUUCCUUGACAUGACUAUCAAGUCUGAAAAGCCAAUUUGUAUGGUUGGUGCCAUGCGUCCAUCUACAGCCACCUCUGCUGAUGGUCCAAUGAACUUGUACCAAGCUGUCUCCAUUGCUGGUUCCAGCAAAUCUGAGGGUCGUGGUACAAUGAUCACAAUGAAUGAUCGUAUCGCCUCUGCUAUGUACACUACCAAGAUGAACGCCAACUCUGUGGACACCUUCAAGGCUGACGAGCAAGGUUACUUGGGUCACUUCUUCAACGACAACAUUGAGUUUUACUACCCACCAGCCAGAGCUUAUGGUUACCAGUAUUUCGAUAUCUCAAAUGUCACCGAUGCUUCUGAAAUUCCAGAGGUUAUCAUUUUGUACUCUUACCAAGGGCUUAACCCAGAAUUGGCCGUUCAAGCUGUCAAGGAGUUGGGUGCAAAGGGUUUGGUUCUUGCCGGCUCUGGUGCUGGUUCCUGGACUAAUAGUGGUGAAAUCACCAACGAAGAGUUGAUCGACAAGUACGACUUGCCAAUCGUCUACAGUAGAAGAACCCCAGACGGUUCUGUUCCAACUGACGAUGUCCCAUCUUACGGUAUUGCUUCAGGUUACUUGAACCCACAGAAGGCACGUAUCUUGUUGCAAUUGUGUUUGUACUCUGGUUACAGUAUUGAUCAAAUCAGAGAGGUCUUCGCAACAAGCUACGGUGGUUAA